AUGAGGCAACACCACGGUACCGACGCGGAGGCGGAACGCCCAGGGAGCCCCGGGAGGGGCCAGGCCGGGCCCCCCGAGGGUCGCUCCUGCUGCGGGACGCGGCCGACUCGGAGCAGGGCGAAGCCGCAGGGCGGAGGCAGCGGGGAGGCUCAGCCCGCCCGCCCCGGGACGGCCGCGGGCAAAGUCCGAGCGCCGGCAGGAGCCGAGGGAGCGCCGGCUCUGCGGAACGCGCUGCCCCUGCCCAGCCUGUCCCCGCAGAGAACUCACCCGCCCGUCCCGCAGCGCCCAGCCCGGGACCGACCGCCCGCCGCGAACUCCUCGGUGUCCCGCCUUGAGCGGCGCAGGCGCGGCGGCGCCGGGCGGGGCGGGCAGAGCUCCGCCCCGGUACCGCGGGGGGAGCAAGGGGUGUCCGUGAGGAUCCGCACCCGCUGCGCCGGGGGAAACGCGGCUUCCCCGGGGAUUGCCCUGCGCUGCAUUGUCCUGUCCUGUCCUCCGGGGAGGGGCGAGGGCUGGGGCGCUUGCGGCUCGGCGCGGCCCGCCUUUACGAGCCGGAACCCCCGCGCCGCUGCGGCGCUGGCCAGGCAGGACCUGACACAGCAGAGAUAA